AGGUUGCGGGUUUCGCGCCUGCGCAGUGCGGCGCCUAGGGGGAAAGCGAGAGGGAGACGGACGUUGAGAGAACGAGGAGGAAGGAGAGAAAAUGGCGUCCACGGAUUACAGUACCUACAGCCAAGCUGCAGCCCAGCAGGGCUACAGUGCUUACACCGCCCAGCCGACUCAAGGAUAUGCACAGACCAGCCAGGCUUACGGGCAACAAAGCUAUGGAACCUAUGGACAGCCCACUGAUGUCAGCUAUAGCCAGGCUCAGACCACUGCGACCUAUGGGCAGACAGCCUAUGCAACUUCCUACGGACAGCCUCCCACUGGUUAUACUACUCCAACGGCCCCCCAGGCAUACAGCCAGCCUGUCCAGGGGUAUGGCACUGGUGCUUACGACACCACCACUGCGACAGUCACCACCACCCAGGCCUCCUAUGCAGCUCAGUCUGCAUAUGGCACUCAGCCUGCUUACCCAGCCUAUGGGCAGCAGCCCACAGCCACUGCACCUGCAAGACCACAGGAUGGUAACAAGCCAGCAGAGACUAGUCAACCCCAGUCUAGCACUGGGGGUUACAACCAGCCCAGCCUAGGAUAUGGACAGAGUAACUACAGUUAUCCCCAGGUACCUGGGAGCUACCCCAUGCAGCCAGUCACCGCACCACCAUCCUAUCCUCCUACCAGCUACUCCUCUUCCCAGCCGACUAGUUACGAUCAGAGCAGUUACUCUCAGCAGAACACCUACGGGCAGCCGAGCAGCUAUGGACAGCAGAGUAGCUAUGGUCAACAAAGCAGCUAUGGGCAGCAGCCUCCCACUAGUUACCCCCCCCAAACUGGAUCCUACAGCCAGGCUCCAAGUCAAUAUAGCCAACAGAGCAGCAGCUACGGGCAGCAGAGUUCAUUCCGACAGGACCACCCCAGUAGCAUGGGUGUUUAUGGGCAGGAGUCUGGAGGAUUUUCCGGACCAGGAGAGAACCGGAGCAUGAGUGGCCCUGAUAACCGGGGCAGGGGAAGAGGGGGAUUUGAUCGUGGAGGCAUGAGCAGAGGUGGGCGGGGAGGAGGACGCGGUGGAAUGGGCAGCGCUGGAGAGCGAGGUGGCUUCAAUAAGCCUGGUGGACCCAUGGAUGAAGGACCAGAUCUUGAUCUAGGCCCACCUGUCGAUCUGGAUGAAGACUCUGACAACAGUGCGAUUUAUGUGCAAGGAUUAAAUGAUAAUGUGACUGUGGAUGAUCUGGCAGACUUCUUUAAGCAGUGUGGGGUUGUUAAGAUGAACAAGAGAACUGGGCAACCCAUGAUCCACGUAUACCUGGACAAGGAGACAGGAAAGCCCAAAGGUGAUGCCACAGUGUCCUAUGAAGACCCACCAACCGCCAAGGCUGCCGUGGAAUGGUUUGAUGGGAAAGAUUUUCAAGGGAGCAAACUGAAAGUGUCUCUGGCCCGGAAGAAGCCUCCAAUGAACAGCAUGCGGGGUGGCAUGCCGCCCCGGGAGGGCCGAGGGAUGCCGCCACCCCUCCGCGGAGGUCCAGGUGGCCCCGGAGGUCCUGGUGGGCCCAUGGGUCGCAUGGGAGGCCGUGGAGGAGACCGAGGCGGCUUCCCCCCAAGAGGGCCCCGGGGUUCCCGAGGGAACCCUUCUGGAGGAGGGAACGUCCAGCACCGAGCUGGAGACUGGCAGUGUCCCAACCCGGGCUGUGGAAACCAGAACUUUGCCUGGAGAACAGAAUGCAACCAGUGUAAGGCCCCGAAGCCCGAGGGCUUCCUGCCACCACCCUUCCCGCCCCCGGGUGGCGAUCGUGGCAGAGGCGGCCCUGGUGGCAUGAGGGGUGGAAGAGGUGGCCUCAUGGACCGCGGUGGGCCCGGUGGAAUGUUCAGAGGGGGCCGUGGUGGAGACAGAGGUGGCUUCCGUGGUGGCCGGGGCAUGGACCGAGGUGGCUUUGGUGGAGGAAGACGAGGUGGCCCAGGGGGUCCACCUGGACCUUUGAUGGAACAAAUGGGAGGAAGAAGAGGUGGCCGUGGAGGACCUGGAAAAAUGGAUAAAGGGGAGCACCGCCAGGAGCGCAGAGACCGGCCCUACUAGACGCUGAUGCCCGCAGAGCCGCAUUGACUACCAGAUUUAUUUUUUAAACCAGAAAAUGUUUUAAAUUUAUAAUUCCAUAUUUAUAAUGUUGGCCACAACAUUAUGAUUAUUCCUUGUCUGUACUUUAGUAUUUUUCACCAUUUGUGAAGAAACAUUAAACAAGUUAAAUGGUAGUGUGCUGAGUUUUCUUUUUCCUUCUUUUAAAGAUGGUUGUUUAAGACUUAACAAUGGGAACCCCUUGUGAGCAUGCUCAGUAUCGUUGUGGAGAACCAAGAGGGCCUCGAGCUGUAACAAUGUUCAUGGUUGUGAUUUUUUUUUUUUUAAAUAAAAUUCCGAAUGUUUAUAA